AUGAAUACUGAACGUCUCGCGGCCAGGCCUCAUCCGGCCAGCAAUCCCGAUGGCGAUUGGGUUCAUCUCGGCACCAGCGAGAAGCAUGAAGCUACGCCUGCUGACCUUGAGUCAAUGCCUGAACGUAUCGUACGGAUUACUGCGGACGAGAAAGACCUCACAAAGUUCUACAACAUCAAGUUUUCACCGACCAGGUCUCAUCGUCUUGAGAGCUUCUACAACGAAGAGCUUGAAAGCUUGUUCAAGGCGCCGUUCGACACAUAUAGCCAAGAAGACAAAAUCGACUUCUUGCUUCUUCGAAACUAUCUGAGAAAAAACAUUCGUGUCUUGCUUCUGGACCGUCAGCGAGAUGAGCAAGUAAAAUCCGUAGUUCCGUUUGCUCAGACUCUUGUCGACAUCUGCGAGGCUCGCCAAAACAUGGUCCCCGUUGACAGCAAGAAGACCGCCAUGGCUUUGAAUGAGACAGUCAAGAAGAUCAUAACAACGACAAAGGCUAUCCAAGCCAAAGAGAUCAAAGCAAGCGACUCGACCUUCUCGCGGGCCAUGAGCACCAUUGACCAGAUCCGAGGUCACAUUGAGGAGUUUUAUGGGUUUUACGCCCCGUACGACCCUUUGUUUCCCUGGUGGUGUUCAGUGCCCAAGCAACAACUUGACGAGGCCCUCUUUGGCAUCAAGGCAGUAAUCGACGCCCGACUCACACAGAAAAACGGGCCCGGGUCUAUCCGUGCUGCAGUCGAACCAAUCGGGAGAGAUGGCCUUCUCAAUGAGCUUGAAGCGGAAAUGAUUCCCUACACGCCCGAGGAGCUCCUCAAGUUGGCUCAAGAGCAGUACGAUUGGUGCGAAAAGGAGAUGAAAAAAGCUUCACGCGUUCUUUUGAGCGAAGAAGGUGGCUCUGUUCGCCAGGAGAUAAAGGGAAAUGAGAGGAUAUCGGGUCUCGAAGCGGCCAGUCCAGGCUUUGGCGAUGAUUGGAAAGCCGCGAUGGAAUACGUCAAAAACAGCUAUGUGGAGCCAGGGCAACAGCCGCAAAUGGUUCGCGAGCUGGCUCUCGAGGGGAUCGCUUUCGUUAAGAAGCAUGAUCUAGUCACGGUACCAGAGGUAGCUGAGACCUGGCGCAUGUUCAUGAUCUCAGCAGAACGCCAGAAGGAGUCGCCAUUCUUUCUUGGUGGUCCAUCUUUCUGGGUCUCAUAUCCGACCCCCACAAUGGAUCACGACCUAAAGAUGAUGGUGAUGCGCGGCAACAACCCUCACUUCUCUCGUGCUACAGCCUUCCACGAGCUCAUUCCUGGGCAUCGGCUCCAGCUCUUCAUGGGCAAGCGCCACCACCCUUAUCGAAAGCUCUUCUCCACGCCUUUCUUCGUUGAGGGCUGGGCCAUGUACUGGGAAUACGUCCUUUGGAACAGGGGUGACUUCUUUGUAAGUGCAGCGGACAAAAUCGGCACGCUUUUCUGGCGCAUGCACCGAUGCGCAAGGAUUAUCUUCUCUCUCAAGUACCAUUUAGGGGAGAUGACGCCCCAACAAUGUGUUGAUAUGCUGGUCAAUUGGGUUGGACAUGAGAGGUCGAACGCCGAGGGCGAAGUCACCAGAUCGUUUGGCGGCGACUACUCCCCGUUGUAUCAGGCUGGAUACAUGCUGGGGGCAUUGCAAAUGCACGGCUUGCGGGAGGAGGUGUUAACGAAGGGUCUCAUGGGUGAGAAAGAGCUCCACGACAAGAUUCUGAAGGCAAACACAAUGCCCAUCGAGCUGCUUCGGGCGCUGCUCCUGAACCAGAGUCUAAGUCCGGACCAAACCUCCAAGUGGAGGUUCUACGACUGA